AGAGAGAGAGAAAUAAUUUAUUUAUAUAUUUCAUUUAUUUUCAAUUAUUGAUCUAUCCACAAAAAUUCCCGUUUAACGUUAGCCGGCCAUCUUUUGCAGAAUUUACUGUUGUUUCUCGUUUGUUUGACCACAGCCUGUUUGUUAUAUUGCUCCAAAGAGAACAGAAGAAGGAAGAAGAAGAAGCAAUAAGGGGGAAUUCUGUGAAUAUCGAAGGGAUUAUUGAGGUGGGGUGAAGAAUCUGUUGGAGUGGAGGGUAGGAGCCUAGGAGGACCCGCCCUUCACAUUCAUCAUCGUCUUCAUCAAAUCUCUUUUAUCUUCUUCUGUAUAUGCACUGAACACCCUGAAAUUUUGUCCAUUGGAUAAUUCAUUCAAUUUCCCAUUUUUUAUAUUGUAAAUCUUGUUUUGGUUGGGCGCACCUGAGCCUGAUGAUAGUGCAUUCAAUUCCAAAAUAACCAGAUCUGCUUUAUUCUACCCACACUGUUCUUAAAAAUAAUUCAUUCCUUGAACCAAUAGAUUCAGAGAUUUCAUGAGAUAUGGGUCUUUGUAUCUAGACUUAUCUUCAUCCAUUUCACGCCAUUUCCAUUUUACAGGUGUCAGAAAACCUGACAACAGAUCCUGCUACCCCACCUCCAUUAGCUUCCUUCUUGGUUCACCUUCCCCUCAUCCUUUUUAGGACCCCAUUUCUACACAUGAAUGACAGCUGUCUGUACGGUUGUUCUUGCUAACCCACAAAAUAGUGGUUCAAGGAAAUUUCAGUAACAUUCAGUUGCUGUGGAAUUAUUUUCUUUUUGUUUUUUAUUCUGAUCAAAUAUUGGAGAGAGGCCCACCAUUGGCCUUUGGUGGGCUCUCGUGGUAAAAUAUUGCCUCAAUUUUUCUGGAGAAGGGGACUCAUUUGGGCUUCUUCUUAACUCUUAGCCAUCGCUUUUCCUACCCCAAGGCUGCUCUGUUAUCAUCGCCUAUGCCAAACUCGAAUUUGACCCGCAAGAGAUUUCCUCUUUCCUAAUGCUAGUUCUCUUCAUCACUUGUGUCACCUUCUUCCUGUUUCUGAAAUCUCUUCCUUUCAAACCUCAACAACCUUGGAAAAGUGAUUUGAGAUUGAUCUCCUUGGUGUUUUGCAAACAGUUAUUGUCUGCAAAAUCAAUCUCUAAGUUGAUAUCCUGUCGUCUCUUUCUGGGUUCUCCCUCUGAAAUUCCUUCAAGAAUGUCCCUAAUGAAGAAGAUGGCCUUCACUUCAAGAGUAGAGAAUGUCGAGGAUUCCCAAGAUACUUCACUUUUGGACUUACCAGAGCUGGUCUUGGAAUGCAUUCUUGAGAGGCUACCUCCUCCAGCUCUUUGUCAAAUGGCAGGUGUUUGCCGUUCCUUAAGGGAGAGAAGUAUCAGUGAUUACUUUUGGCAGAGACACAUGAAGCAAAAAUGGGGCAGGAUUAUUGGUAAAUCUGCUUAUAGGGAAUGGCAAUGGCAUAUUGCUUCAAAACAAGAUAUGGGCAGUCUGAAACAGGGGAAGCACAGGGGAUUGAGGAGGUUUCUAUCUCUUAAUUGGUCUUUUUCAUGGAUGAGAUUGAAGGGUGAUGCAAAUAAUAAUAAUCAUAGCAGCAACCAGCCAUGUUCCUUGCCAGUUGAUUCUGUCAUGACUUGGUAUCUUGCUCUUGAGUCUGGCAAUUUCUGGUUCCCUGCUCAGGUCUAUAACCGCGAGAAUGGUCAUGUUGGAUUCGUGUUAUCUUGCUAUGAUGCUGAGCUGAGCUAUGACCGGCACACGGACACCUUCCAAGCCAGGUAUCCUCCACAUGGAAGAAGGGCAAUUGCAAUAGAGACUGGCAUCACAUGGGAAAGGCUAAGAGCUCCACCAACUGAUACUUCCCCUCAUGAUCUUCAUAUUUCUGACUGUUUGAAUGAUUUACGUCCUGGUGAUCAUAUAGAGAUUCAGUGGAGGAGAAACAAAGAAUUCCCUUAUGGCUGGUGGUAUGGGGCUGUUGGUCACUUAGAAUCAUGUGAUGGGAAUGCACAUUACUGCCGUUGUCAUAAUAGUGACACAGUUGUGCUAGAGUUCAACCAGUACAUGCCUGGCUCGCGAUGGAGACAAACAAACAUCUGUAGGAAGAAUCAUAGGGAGGAGGGAAAUGAGGCUGAUGGGUUCUAUGGAGGAAUCAGAAAGAUUUACAGUGAGAAUGAGAUUGCCACCUGGAGACGCCUUUGGCCUGCUCAAGUCUUGGACUAGUAGUAGGAACUGCAUCAGACCAGAUUUUUAUUCCAUGCUAGCUUAAAUUCAAGAUCGAAACUUAAUUUUUUAUGGUCUGAAAACUAGGGGGGGGGGUAGGUAGAACAUGAAGUGAACAGCUUCUCCUCAUUCAGCCAAAUGCACAAUGGUGAGCAUGCCAUUUUCUUCUUUUACCCCCCCCCCCCCAAAUUACAUCGUUGUGAUCAAUUUUUUUUCUUGGGAAAAUAUUCAUGUGAUUUCCAUAAAUGUAGAUUACUUUUUGCUUUUAUGCUUUAAAUGAUGUAGAAACAUUCGUUCCACUAUGUAUAGAAUAUAGCUUUUGAUCUCAAGUUUGCUCCUGAUA